AUGGCAUCCUCAGCGCCGCCGUCCGCAACCCCCAUCGGCAGCCGCAAGCCUCUCGGUUUUCUCGAGAAUGCAAAGAAGAGUAAACAAAGCUUCAUUCAGUUCUUCGCGAUGACCGGGAUCCUUCUGUUGAGUUGCCGAUCUCUCGGACAGAAGUACCGCAUCCACAACCUCACGGAGGACGCCUCCGCACUGAAAGAGGAUCAAGAGGGACUUAUCGCCCGCAUGAACCACAUCAAGCGCAGCCUCCGGGCCGAAGCAGCUCUCGAGCCGACGGGGGCUUUUGCGGCCAGGCUCCGGCUGCUGUUCGGAGAUGAAAGCGAUUGA